AUGGCGUCCGUACGCUUUGAAGACGGCGGAGAUGGCGGAGGCGAUGACGAAGCGUCCCCAGAGGUCGAGCCAUUUGGCGUAGUUGACAGAGGUAUGGCAUUGGAAGAUUUUGAGAGAGAAGAGGCGCAAGGAUUUGAUGGGCCGAACGUUUGGAAAGCCGUGGAUAAUGUCGACGAGACGAAGGCAACUAUUGGUGUUGCUCAAGAUGCCGCAUGGAAUCAAGCAAGAGUUGAAAUGCAGUUCAUUCGCCAGAAAAUGGAGCGGCUGUGUGGGAGCCAGCGGCCCAAAUUUGCUGCAAUCUUCAACCUGUUAUUUGGCCCCGAGAGCGAGGUCUAUCGAUGUUUCAAAGAAGAGAAGAUCUUCGAUUGUCAUGACGAUUUCCUUCACUUUGUGUUGACAUUCUUCCUUUCCUCCUCCUACCAAGUUUCCACCAAACAACUAUUCGAUAAGUACAGUCGAAUUAACUUGGAAGGAGCCCUCUCGAAAGAAGAAUAUUCAGUUUAUUGGAAGAAGAUUGGAACAGCAUCGCUGCCAUCAUUACAAGAGCGAAAUCGAAGCUUGACGCCUACAGGAAUGGUCCCUUUCUGGAUGAAACUAGAAGGUUCAAUCAACAACUAUGGCCGUGAAAUCUUUAUCGAAGGCUUUCCUGGGCCUGUCAUGCAGGUUACUUUGGAUGAUGACAAACCACACGCGCACGGCAACACCUAUACGGCUGGUCUGAAAUCCAUGCGACACGUCAAAGACAAUGUGCCUGGGCAUACCCUCCACACUCUGGUCCUUUCAUACUCUCAGGUUCCAGUACAGAUAGCAUGGGAACGAGAGGUAAACGACAGCUCUGAAACAGCAACCGAGCGGAUCUUUAGCCAAGGAAUCACUCCAAUGGCGGCCCAAGGAGGGGGUGAUCUCCGCCCUAUUUCCUGUGCUAAAGAUCGAGGCUAUUGGACCCAUUCAAUUCUACAUCAGUAUUUCAUGAAAGCAGGUGCAAAGAUCCGAGCUGGGACUGUGAAGAGGCAGCCCUGCAUUCCAAUGACGUACCGUCAAAAUAUAACAGGGAAGGAUACCCGUGUCGAUGUGCCGGUUACUGGCGCUCGAACUCUCCAGAUCAUGGAGACCACAAGCCACGGAAGAAAGCUCUAUUGCCAGGCGUUUCGAAAUGGAACUGGUGGUGUAACACUUGGCAUCUCUACUGAGCACGGAGCUCUUCCUGAAUGGGAGCUAGUGCUUGCGAAACCGCAGGAUUUGGUCUGGUACGAUGACCCUGGUCUCUCGGAAGACGAUCGUUUGAAGAAGAGCUUCUUGCAACUAAGGACAACAUUUGACAAUGGAACAAAGACGCUGUAUGAAGAUCUUGCAGCAGACCUUCUAUCCGAGCUACACGAUCUGCCAGUGCGAGCUUUAACAACAACACAAGGCUCGCCGGAAUGGUUCAUGCUCCGAAAGUUUUCCCUUACAUCGUCAACAACAGACAGAGCAAUUGCCGCUUGUGUAGGAGACGAAGAUUGGUUAGAGCACAGUGCUUCGUGGAUGACAAUCAAAGGCAUGCUUGAAGGUCUUGUCGUCGAUGUCGAUGAACCGAGAGGAAAAGAUAAUGCUGAUGAUGAUGCAGCAAAUGAUGGCGAUGCUUCUGUUCAGAGCGGCGCUCUCAGUGACGAUACCAGCCAACAAGAAGCAGAGGAACAAGCAGAAGGGAAUGGCGACAACUCCGUGAAGCUAUCGCUUGCUGGGCUGUUGGAUUCGGAGGGGCUGAUCCAGACGGCAAAGCAUCAAAUCCAAUUUGAUGAGAUCGACAUGGCCCAAGUCCGAGCGAUCUUGAAAGAGCUGGGUAAGAAUCCUUCCGCUGCAAAGGAUGAAGCGAAGAAGAACAAAACCGACUUGAAAAGCUUCAACAUAUUCCUUGAUGCCGAGCCUCGUCUUCGUCGACACGUCUUCAAAACAAAGAAACAUCUCUCCGCUAUUGCCACCAAGCUGGGGAUUGCCGAUGAUGGAGCAAACCAAGAAACAAUCCGAAAGGCAAUCGAUUCUCAUCUCCGCUCGCAUCCAGAGGCUGUUAUUGAGGUCACACUAAGCAAACAACAGCAGAAGAAGGAACAAAUUGCAUUGCUGUCCGAUAAGAACAAGUUGUUGCUCACAGUUGUGAAAGCAGGCUACUUGGAUCCUUUGAAAGGCGACGCUAAGAAGCACACAAGACGAGGGCAUCAACUUGAAUGCCACAUCAUGCGUGCUUGUCUUCGAGAGCUGGACGAAGAGGGCAUGGACAGCCCCAUGAAGCUCAUAGCUGCCUGCACGGCUCCUCUAGUUGAACGAAAGCAACAACGAUACGUUCGAGGAUCGAUCGAUUUCCUGGCCUUCGCCUCUGUGGACGAUAUCGAUGUCGUUCCAAUUGGUGUUGAAAUUAAGUCAAGAGUCGCGGCAAGGACCGAUCAGCAAGCCACACAUCAAGCUGAAGUGAUUCGUCGGCUCCUUGGCGAAGAUAGAACGCCUCGACAGCGACAGCGGAAGUACUUUUCGGUGCGAGCCGAUUCGGACAAAUUCAAGAGGAUUGUCAACAGCACUCACGAAGCUAUUCAGGUCUUGCAUCAUGCAUUCGUUUACGAUCUUGAAUACGUUCUCUUGCUUGUCGGUGACAAUGGCGGAGCUGUGGUGUACGGAGUGUUUGUUCUUGUGUCGGAUGCUAUCAAAGAGGCCUACGGAGACGUGUUAGAGGACGUCUACAGCAGCUGUCUUCGUUGGAUGUACGAUGAUAACACUGCAGGUCCAUCAGACGAUGAGCUCCAGACAGUGCUUGACAAUGUUGAGGUGAAUAAGUCAAGCUUGGACGGUCACAGCUUUAAAAUGGAGCUAGCACUGUGGAAGGACAUCAACAACAACAUGACCUUACCCAUCCCACGCUUACGACACAUCAUCCCAUUGAUAUUUUCAUAUUGGAAUACUCUCAAAGGUGGAUCAGACGCUACAACGAACUUGAUUUGGCACUGCCAAUACAGUGUGCCCAACAAUGAAAAUCAAAGUGUCGCGACAGCUCGAAUGCUCUCACUUGUCGGCGUCCACGUCCAUCGGAUGUACCAAAUUGCUACGGCUAGAGAGGACCUCAAUCGAUACUCUUGCCUCAAGCGUUUCCGCGACUCUGCAACCGAGAGAGCUUCCUUCAAAAAGACACAGUUUUUGAUUAUCGAUCACAUCACAAAGCACUUUGCCCCGGAAGAAACGGCAGCACCUGUUACUCCACCAAGAGCGACAGCAGCAGCCGCAGGCAGAGGAACUAGAUCGCAGGCAAACGUCGAACGUACGGAAGUUGCUUUGAUUGUGACAAACAAGACACCAAAGCGUGGAGUGCUAGCAAAAUAUAGCUCUCUGGAAGAGAAACUGGUCAGCGGACGACUAGACAAAGCAAGCCAAUUUGUGUUGGAGAGAUCAAAAGGCCAUGCUGGAAUUCCUGUGAAGAGAAUUGGCGACAAUGGAGAUCUCAACGGGAAAGGGAGCCGAGGCUCUUGUAUUGUUUGCGGUGCGCAGACCCAUUGCUUCUGCCUGCACUGUAAGCAGUUCAUGUGCGAUACACAGUCGGAGAGAGCGCUGAAGCUAGCAGCUUGGAAGCCACAUGUCAUCAUCAACGGAGAUAGCGACAAACCUAUCCACAUCCAAAGGACGUGCUUUUAUCAUUACCACAAGCAAGGGCAAGAGAUGGCUUUGGGCGAUCUCGCAAAGCGAGCAGCGAACUUGAAUCUAUGA